AUGCCGGAGCGCUUGGCCGCUGCGCAGCUGAUCAGCCGCCCGCGGUCGGCCGGCGAGGCCGGAGCGGCGUGCUCCUUCGCGCCGCCGGGCCAGAACAUCAACGUGACCCUGCACAUCCCCAGGCUAGACGUGACAGGCAGCCAUGCAACUGGCACGCUCCCCUCACAAGGGCACAGGCUGCCCUUCGGAGGCUUCUGGCCCAUGCCUCCAGCGCCCCAGCAGCAGGCAGCAGCCGUUGACAGCUACUCAGCAGCGCUGAUGCUGCCGCAGUGGCCGCAGCAGCAGACGGCCGCGAAUGGGCAGCACUUGAUGCAGCCGCAGCUGCACAGUUGGCAGUCCGCCCCGCCGUCCCAGCAUGCAGCCCCUGUGCAGCGGAGCGCGGCGCAAUUGAUGCUCAGCAGCAACUGGCAGAUGGCCGACAGGCUGCAGCCAAGUCUGGCGCCGCCCAGUGGGGGUCCAGGCCCCCCGCGGCACUGGGCCGGGGCUGCGGCGUUUGGCGCGUUCCCUCCAGUGCCACAGCCGAGCAUAGCGCCGUCAAUGCACCCGCUCGGCGCGCCUUCGGCCGCAGUGCGGGCCCAAGAAGCGGCGGUGGCGUCCUCAGAUUAUGCGCAGCAGCCGUCGGCGGACGGCGGAUUUUGGCGCGAGCGGCGGCCGGAGCCGAGCACGUUCUCCUGCGGCAGUCGCUCCAAAAUUCCAUCUGGGGGCAUUCCUGCUGCCAUGGAACGCCCCCGGCCGGACACGCAGUGGCUGCAGUCGCUGCCCUCCCUGAAAGACAUGCUCCAGAGGAACAUUGGCGAGAAGAGGGCCGUCGGCGCCGGGCAGCCACUUGGGCAGGGGUCCAACGCGCAACCCAACGCAACCAUGCAGCAGCACAGUGGGAUUCACAGUGGACUGGGCUCUCUUGCCUCGCACGCUGCCGCGCAGUUGCCGCCGCAGCCAGCAGAAGCUGCCGCUUGCGAGAGCGAGAGGGGAGGCCUGCAGGGCGAAAGCGGCGAGGAGCGGGCGGCGUUUUAUGAGUCGCUGCGCCGCCACUGGCAGCAGGAGGCGAAGGACGACUUUGUCAACAACAGAUGGGCCGUGCCAGUGACAGGGUACAAGCAGGUGGAUCUGGCUGGGCUGUACCGGCAGGUCGCCCUGCACGGUGGCUAUGACAUGGUCUCCGACAGAAAGUGGUGGCGCAACAUCGGCACUCUCCUGGGUCAUGCGCCCAGCUCAAAGAUGAAGGCAAUCUAUGAGAAGUUCCUGGCCAGCUAUGCAGCCAGGUACCUGGACGCUUCUCCAUUUGCCCAGACUGCGGGCCCGCUCUAUGCAAAAGCUGCUGCAAUAAAAGCUAAAGAGAGGGAGUUGACAGAGUACUUCAAGCGGCAAGAGAAGGCGGGAAAGGCAGCAGUGCUGAUGAAUGGCAUGACUCACUCCCAGCAUCCCCCACCAGCUGCUCAUCCAGUCAACCAGCAGGUGUGGAGCCAGAUCGCGGCAGCAGCGCCGCAGUGGCAGCCGAUGCAACAUCAGCAGCAGCAGCAGCAGCAUCAGCAGCAGCAGCAGCAGCAGCAGCAGCAGCAGCAGCAGCAGCAGCAGCAGCAGCAGCAGCAUGUGACUCCCUCGCAGCUGCAGCACAUGAGGAACCUGCUAGCCGAGCGCCAGGCGUAUGCACAGAGGCAGGCGGUCAUGCAGCAGCAGCAGCAAGGGCGGGCGGAGCAGAUACGUCAGGCGGCUCUCGAUCGCAUACACCCCUCUCCCAGCCCCUUUCUGCUCGUGCCGCAGACCCUGGCGCCACAACAGAUGCGGGAGUUGAUCAUGGCACUGAAGAGCGGGCUGCCGGAGUGUGUGCCCUGGGCGCUGAACGCUCUGGCGCUGGCGUCGUUCUCUGCCCGGCCGGAGCUGCCCUCCCUGCCCAGCCUGCCCGGCCUCCUGCCCGCCCUGCUGCAGGUGCUGCGGGACGCGAAUGAGGAUCCGGCGGAGACGGCUGCGGCGGUGGCGUCAGCAAAUGCGGCUCUGGAGGAGGAUGAGUGGCCGGGGCUGCGUCCGCCGCGCAAGCGCCAAAAAACCAUACCCCCGGGGCAGCUCAAGGGCUGGUGGUGGGAGCGGGCGAGCAUCCUGUCAGAUGGCGGGCUGGAGGACGAGCGCUUCGGCUGGGGCGUCUGUGCGGCGGCGAUCAUGCGCAACCUGGCGGGCAACCGCGCCAACCUGGGCUCACUCGCCGACCCAGAGUGCAUCUCGUUGCUCGUGGAUUGCCUGGAAGUGCGCAACAGGGAGCAGUCGGCAGGCUACAACGAGCUUGCUCUGAGCCUGCUGGAUGUUCUGGGCGCUGUCGGCGCCGGCGGCUGCUUCAGCGUGCAGCACCAUGCAGCCAGCCUGUUCAGGCUGCUUAGAGCUGUGGGGCAGCUGCUUGGCCCGCAGCUGCGGCGGGAGGCGCCCUUGAAGCUGCGCGCAGCCGCUGCGGAAGUCGUCGAGAAAUUGGCGGCCGCCCGGCAGCUGGCCCCCGUCCUGCUCCCCUGCUUGGAGAGCAAGUCGCUGCGGCUGACUGGACUCCUGGUGGACCUGCUGCUGACAGACCUGGAGGCCGCGCGCGCGGCGGUGCAGGGGGAGGUCCGGGGGGACCUGGGACCCCCCGCAGUGGCCCCCGGCGACGUGUCUCCUGAGGCGUUGCAGCAGGCUGCCAUCGUCGCGCAGGCGGAGGCCGUCUCGGCUGCCGCUGUGGCGCUGUCAUCGCUUUUUGCACUGGCGGCCGGCCGGGACGGGGGAGACCGCGCGAGGGCGGCGGCUGCAGCCGACCCGCGCGCCGUGCCGGCUCUGGUGGCGGUGCUGCUGAGUCAGCACCCGGCGCCGCUUCAUGGCCUGCCCGGGAGCGCGGCCGGGCCGCCAAUCGCCGCGCCGGCCGUCCACACCGGCACCCUGCUUAGAAGAGCUGCGGACUGCGCCUGCGCUGCGCUCUGGCACGCAGCCGGCACUGCAGCGGGCAGGGAGCAGAUUCGGCCCUUCCUUGCAGAGCUGGCACCUGCGGCCAUGUCAGUGCAUGCCCAGAGCAGCAAUCUAGCUCAGCUGCUGGCGCGCAUGUCCUGA